GGAUUCAUAGCUUGUUUGUGUUCAUAUUCUUCAUCUCUCUCUCUAUCUCUUCUUCUUGUUCUUCUUCAAAAGAUAUGCAAAUUCUUCAAUCUCAAUCCUCUGUAGCACUAUUCCAUGCUAAGGAUCAAUGGGUGACCAUGAAAAGUCAUGAUCAUGAUGGCUCAAGUGUCUCAAAUGGAUCAACAACAUCUUCAUCAUCAAGCAUGGUAGAUGAUGAUGAUGAUGUGUUUUCAUCAUCUUCAAGUUCUUCAAAUGGGGCUUUGUAUCAAUUAUCAGAGCUCAUGACCCAUCUACCAAUCAAGAGGGGGUUGUCUAAUUAUUUUCAAGGAAAGUCUCAAUCUUUCACAUCUUUUACCAGUGUGAGGAGCAUAGAAGACCUUGCAAAGAAAGAAAAUCCUUACACAAAGAGAAUGAAGACUUGUAAGAGCCAUGAAAAUGGGUUUGAUACCCACAAAUCAUACACUCAUGAUCUUCCUAAGGCAACUAUAUCAAAGAAGGUCUCAAGAUCUUUAAAAGGCAGAUCAAGAGGCAACAAUUUUGUGUUCAAUAGCAAGAAAUAUCCGAAUCCGAUUUCUGUACCAAAAGAACCCUAGAUAACAUCAUCAAAUUGCAUGAUUUGGUGGUGCAGUAACACGGAUUCUUUUUUGUUUUUGGUUAUGGUAGAUUUUCAAAGAUGAUUGUGGAAAACAUGUGAUCAAGCAUAGAAUCAUAUAAAAUUAUAGUCACUACUCACUUUGCAA